UUUGUUUUCGAGUUUUAUGUGAGUGUGUAUAACACGUCACCAAAAGUAAAAUUCUAUUUUAUUUAAUAAACAAAAUGUGUUACUAGAAAUACUUGGGACAAGAUCCAUUCCAGCUCAAGCAAGAUUGUAGCUCUGUGUGUGUCUAUGUGAGGGUGGGCAGGUGGCUAGGCCAGGCGUGCAAAACGUACACACAUAUGUAAGAGAGAUAGACAGCGAGGGAGCAGGCAAAGGAAUUUGCAAAUUUUCUAAACUGCAGCUGGAAGCCAACAAGCUGCAAACAAUUAAACAAAAGAGGAGCAACAAAGAGGCGAGCGAAGGAAAUGGCAUUGCCCGGUAAUGGCAUCUAUGUAGUGCGGGGUGAAAUGGCCACCCUGAUGACGGCCAUGCGACGUGGAACACGAUGGAAUACCACAGCAUACGUGGAUGACGAGAAAGAUUCCCUGCUAAAGUUGUUUAUCGACUUGAAGCAGGUGCUCAAUCGGAUUGAAGAUUUGCGUUUGAUUGAACCUAAUGUAUUUCUGGCUCCCUUUCUGGAGGUUAUACGAACUGCGGACACAACGGGACCGUUGACCAGUCUUGCGCUGGCCUCGGUAAAUAAAUUUCUUUCGUAUGGUCUAAUUGAUCCCACUACACCAAAUCUUCCGGUAAUUGUCGAACUAAUUGCCGAUGCUGUGACCCAUGCCCGCUUUAUGGGCACAGAUCAGUCCUCGGAUAGCGUGACAUUUAUGCGGGUCAUAGAGGUUUUGCAUACUUUAAUCCGUAGUCCAGAAGGUGCUGCUGUCAGCAAUGAGUCUAUGUGCGAGAUAAUGCUUAGUUGCUUUAAGAUCUGUUUUGAGCCACGACUCAGCGAACUGCUGCGGCGGUCAGCCGAGCAGUCCCUUAAGGAUAUGGUUCUGCUCUUCUUUAUGCGUUUGCCGCAGUUCACUGAAGAGAGCAGCGAUGCUGCGGUGAUCUUGCAGAAACGAUUUACUAUCGGCGAUGCUGCUCUGGCUCAAGAGAAAUCGAAGAAAAAGGCGGGAGUUACGCCUCCCAUACGAAAAACUUCCACAGUCGAAGAUUCAGCACAGCCACCACAGACGCCACAGGGACAACUGGCGGCACCAGGAGCGACUCAUCAUCUAAAGGCACCCAUUCUGGCCACAACACCAGCUACGCCGGCUGGCAACGUUUUGGAUAUGCAGGGCAAGAUUAUACAGACGCCUACCACUACCGCUAGCACGACGGCAACUGAAGUCCCAGCCAUAAUAAGUGCAGGUGGUCCAGAUGGUGCACCUUCCAUACAAGUGGAAUCAGAAGCUGAUGCCGCUGAUGACGAGCAAUCGGAAACUGUUCCUCUUAACUCUUCGCCCAGCAGUGAAUAUAUCAAUUCAGUCGGGGUUCGCUUUACCCAGCAAUCUUCUGAACAAGAUGUUGAUCUGUCCCCAUAUGGGCUGCCCUUCAUUCAGGAGUUGUUCCGAUUUCUUAUCAUACUUUGCAAUCCAUUGGAUAAACAGAACUCUGACGGCAUGAUGCAUACGGGUUUAAGUCUGCUCACAGUGGCUUUUGAGGUGGCGGCCGAUAAUAUUGGUAAAUACGAUACUCUAUUGGAGUUAGUCAAGGAUGACCUUUGCAGAAAUUUAAUAUCGCUUUUAACCUCGGAGCGUUUAAGUAUUUUUGCUGCUGAUCUGCAGUUAUGUUUUCUACUGUUUGAAUCACUGCGUGGCCAUUUAAAAUUUCAGCUGGAGGCAUAUCUUAAGAAGGUUACCGAAAUCAUAGCCAGCGAUAAUCCUAAAACCCCCUAUGAGAUGCGAGAAUUGGCACUAGACAACUUGUUGCAGCUUUGGCGCAUACCAGGCUUUGUGACCGAAUUGUAUAUAAAUUAUGAUUGCGAUCUUUACUGCACGGAUAUGUUCGAAAGCCUUACAAAUUUGUUGAGCAAGUACACGCUGUCGGCCACAAAUGCAGUUUACAGCACGCACAUCAUCUCGAUGGACACUCUUUUGAGUGUAAUUGAUAGCAUAGAGUCGAAUUGCGCAGCGGCCAAGAGAAGUGGCCAGACGGCUCCAAUGUUGGAGGAAGCUCCCACUAAGGGAGGAGGCAGUCGCCAUUCGCGCCACAAUAGCGGCCUGGAAGGCAUUGUUAUUGAUAAUGGAACUGCCCUGAAUGAGGAACGUGUAGAGAACAUUUCCAAUUUCAUUAAUCAGGGCUCACAUAGAUUCCGCGGCAAUGGUUCUGGCUAUGGUAUAACGCGCGAGCAAUUGGAGCAGGUCAAAGAGAAAAAGCGUCUGCUCUCCCAGGGCACAGAACGUUUCAAUCAACGUCCGGAUAAGGGAAUUCAGUACCUGCAAGAGCAUGGUAUUCUUAAUGCCCAAUUGGAUCCCAUGCAAGUUGCUCUAUUUUUGCGAGAAAAUCCAGGUCUAGAUAAAAAAAUGAUCGGCGAAUAUAUAUCAAAGAAGAAGAAUGUGGACUCCAAAAUCCUUAUAAACUUUGUGGACUCAUUCGAUUUCACCAAUCUUCGUGUCGAUCAGGCGCUACGUUUAUAUCUGGAAACUUUCCGCUUGCCUGGUGAGGCUCCACUCAUCUUUCUAGUCCUGGAACACUUUUCCGAUCACUGGCAUAAACAAAACUUAGAACCAUUUGCUAAUACAGAUGCAGCCUUCCGUCUCGCCUAUGCGAUAAUUAUGCUUAAUAUGGACCAGCAUAAUUCCAAUGCCAAGCGUCUCAAUGUACCUAUGACUCUGGAGGAUUUCACAAAGAAUUUGCGUGGCCUAAAUGGUGGCAACGAUUUUGAUCAAGAAAUGCUAGCUCAGGUCUUUAAUGCCAUUAAGAAUGAGGAGAUUGUUAUGCCGGCGGAGCAAACUGGCCUGGUUCGUGAGAACUAUCAGUGGAAGGUACUUCUCCGCCGGGGUGCCACCCAUGACGGCAAUUUCCAUUAUGUCCACGACGCCGCUUACGAUACGCAAAUCUUUAACAUUGUGUGGGGUGCCUCAUUGAGUGCCCUUAGCUUUAUGUUUGACAAGAGCACUGAAUCGGGCUAUCAGCGGACAUUGGCGGGCUUCAGCAAAUCGGCAGCCAUUUCGGCUCAUUAUAAUCUUCAUGCUGACUUUGAUGCCCUCAUUCUGACGCUUUGCAAAUUCACAACUCUGCUGAGUAGCGUUGAGCAACACGAUUCACACCAUCCGAAUCAUAUGCCAGCCAACAAUGAGAUCCAGCAGGCAGUAAACUUUGGCCUGAAUGCCAAAGCGCAGUCAGCCAUGAGGACGGUGUUCCUACUUGUCCAUGAUUACGGUGAUUGUCUACGGGACAGUUGGAAGCAUAUUUUGGAUCUAUUUUUGCAGUUAUUCCGACUGAAACUGCUGCCCAAAUCUUUAAUAGAAGUGGAAGAUUUCUGUGAGGCGAAUGGCAAGGCUUUGUUGGUGUUGGAGAAACCACGAGAGAAACAAGAAUCGGGUCUCUUUUCCAGCCUCUACUCGUUUAUCAGUUCGGAGGGACAACGGGAGCCCACCUACGAGGAGCAGGACUUUAUCAAGCUCGGCCGGAAGUGUAUCAAGGAGUGUCAAUUGGAUCAAAUGUUGCAAGAAUCGAAAUUUGUUCAUGUAGAGUCGUUGCAGGAACUAAUUAAGAGCGUUCUGGCACUAUUAAAGGCCCCUCAAGGCCAUAAGUCCAUAGGUUUGCCCUAUGCAGAGGAUGUCACCGUAUUUUGGAUGGAGUUUCUGGUAAAGAUUGCCAUACACAAUCGUGAUCGUAUGAUUCCGCUCUGGCCAAGUGUGAGGGAUCAAAUGUAUUUGCUGCUUAUGGGUAGUGCCUCAUGUGGCUAUGAUUAUCUCCUCAAUCGGUGUAUUGUGGCUGUUCUAAAGCUGGCCAUUUACCUCAUGCGGAACGAGGAGUUGUGUCCCAUUGUCCUGCAAUCAUUGAAAAUGCUGUUGGUGCUGAAACCCGCGUUGCUCUUGCGCAUUUCCAAACAGAUUUCCAUUGGCAUUUAUGAGCUAUUGAAAACAUCUGCCCAGAAUAUACACUCCGAGCAGGACUGGCAGAUUAUUUUCAAUCUGCUGGAAUGUGUGGGAGCUGGAGCACAACCACCCAAUUAUGAUGAUACACAAUUGCCCUUGCCCUUGAAUGUAAAUGGCAGUGGAGGAGGAGGGGCCAAGUCCGAUGGAGCGCAUAGCGGCGAAGAGGAAUCUACAGUAACACCUCCUGAACGUGGUUAUACGUCAGAUUCAGAGUUAUCCAAAGCCGGGGUAGCCAGUCCCAGUACUGAGAACUGGAUUUUGGUUAAUAACAAGGAUAGCGAACUGACCACUGCCUCCAGGCCCCAAUCACCACCUAGCUCAGGGAGCACACCUCUGGCUAGUGUCAGUUCUUCUCUGGUAUAUCCCUGCCAACUGUUGGACCACUCGCCCUUUGCUCUCUUCAAGUGCUGGGACUCACUGGCCUUCAUUGUGCGCAGUGUGGCCCACAUUACGCCUUAUAAUUUCGAGGCUUGUGUUCGUUGUAUUCGUAUAUUUGUGGAAGCAUGCCGGGAUGGUGGCAUACGUCAGCGGCGUAAACUAGAGACGUCUUCUUCCAAGCAGCGGCAAUCCAAAAAACGUAAACCCGGUGUGGCAUCCUCUGCUUCCAGUUCCAAUUUGAAUCAACUCGCCAAUAGUGGAGCUGGCAAUGGCCCGGUGGGUGGUGAAACUGCAUUGGAUAAUGCAUUGUCAUCAUCGACUCCGGCCGAGCAGGAAGAACUUGCCCAGCGCUAUGAGCAGCUAUCUAUUCAACUCCUUGACCUUAUGUACACACUGUACACGCGCACUGCCCAAAUCUUUCGUUGGUGGGCAGAGGAGGGCUGCACUGUGCCCCAAUCGGCGGCUCUUUGGACUCCCGGUUGGUGUCCACUCCUUCAGGGUAUAGCCCGCCUGGCCAUGGAUAGGAGGCGGGAGGUUCGCACUCAUGCCAUAUCGUGCCUGCAGCAAAGGGCUCUACUCGUCCACGAUCUUCAGACUUUGUCGGGAACGGAAUGGUGCUCUUGCUUCCAUCAGGUGCUAUUUCCACUGCUGAAUGAACUCUUGCCAGAGAGAGAGCAGUCAUUGGAUGCUUCGCUGUUGGAGGAGUCGCGCAUUCGAACUGCCACCAUUAUGUCGAAGGUGUUCCUGCAACAUCUGACCACACUGAUUGAGCUCGGUUCGGCUUUCAAUGAGUUGUGGCUAGACAUAUUAGAUUACAUUGAGCGUUUCAUGAAAGUUGGCUCCGACACGCUUUCGGAGCAGAUGCAGGAGAUUCUUAAAAAUAUGCUUCUGGUAAUGCAUUCGGUACGCGUCUUUCACAAUCAGGAUGGCACAUUGCAGCAGGCUUUAUGGGAGCUAACCUGGCGUCGUAUUGGGGAGUUUUUGCCAAAUCUCAAAGAGGAGCUCUUCCACGAUGAAGGCAAGCGAGCACAGACUUUAACCAAUACGGCUCCGGCUAGUGCCCCACCACAGCAUCAGCAGCAGCAGCUUAUUCCUCCUGUGGCUAUCAUCCCCAAUCCUACGGAUGUCAGUAGUGAAUUAAUUGUGCCGGCUACAACAGUCACGCCCAUUUUGCUAUCACCAAUGGAAUCACCCAAACGUAGCAGUAGCAUUAUCCUAGAACCACCCGUGGCCGAUGCCCUGCAGCAGGCUCCCAAUUUUGUUUUUGCUCAGCCCCUGAUGAUUGUGCCACCCCAGUCUGUAGAAGCUCAACCCAAUACCUUAUUGCCCGAUCUGGUUAACGAGGCAGCUGCUGUUGCUGUCCACGGAAUCAGCACAACGCCGUUGCAACACAGUCCCAAGUUAGCGGAAACGGCGCCAGUUCCAGAAGCAACCACUAAUAAUACCUAUAACAGCUAUUCCAUUGAAUUGCCAACCACAUCAGAGGUCACGCCUGAGCAAUUGGAGCAGCAGCAACUCUAUUACCAGCAAUACUAUCAGCAAUACCAGGCUCAGCAACAGCCGUUGCCGCAGCCGCAGCCUCAGCAGUUGCCAACUGACAUCAAUACAACAGAACCCGCCAUCAAUGUGCCUAUCAGUCAUUUGUUGGCUGGUAAUGCCUAUCCCACAUUACCCAAAAUGCCUCAGGCUGCGAUUGUGCAUAGUUUUGCACCUGCUCAGCCUUCACCUGCUGUGACGGGUGUCACUUCAACAGCGGCGGCGGAUAUAUAUCAAGAAUAUGUGCAGAAUCCAUAUAAUUUAACGCUGCAGCCAACGAAUCUUGGGCAGGUCAACCAAUCGACGGGCUUGGAACAGGCAACGGUAGCCAAUUAUUUUAAUGUCAAUGUAGAUCCCAAUAAUAUUCCACCUGGAUCCGAGCUGCUCUAUGGCCAGCAGUAAGAAAAAAAAAAUGGAAUGCAAAAAUCGGGGGACUUAAAGUCAUUUAGCGACAGUGUUUUACUAUACUUAUUUGGAUGUCCUUUUGUGUUUUUAGUUAAUAGUACAUAUACAUAUACAAAAUUGUGUUAUUUUUUUUAUUUGUUAGUAGAAUAACCGCCUCCUCAAGCCCCGCCCCACAUAAUACAGAACAUACAACACACAUUCCGCCCCCAGGAAUUCUGCUAUAUAUCCCAGCUCAAUUUGGGUGUGGUAAACAUAAAAAAGCUUUAGCAAUGGAAAUAGUAAAAAUUACAAAAUGAAUUGAAAGCCUAUUUAUAUAAAUAAUAUCUAAAAAUUAUGUUAUGCGAAAUUGUAAAUAAUCCAAACCUAAAUAUACAAUGAAAUUAUCCAAA